ACGUAUGAUCUUUGAGGACAUGGUGGUGGAUCAGCAGCCAGUCAAGGCAGCAGGACAACAACACAGCACAGAUCUCUAUUUCAAGAACUGGGAUCUUUUUUUGAAGGCAAUACAUAUCUGCAACGACAACUUCUGAGUUCUCAGGCAUACCACGAGAGAGAGAUUCGGAUUUUACCACUGUGACUUGUUUUGGAGAAGAAGAAAAAAGACCUGAGGUGGAGCUGCAUUGGAAUCGCAUUGCCUUCUUAACGUUAGCCAGCUGGCUAACAUGCAGCUUUAGUGUUUGAAUUUGCACGAAAACAAGACUCUGGGAUAUAUCGAGCUGGGAUUUGCGUGGACUGCCACUAUCUCGACCACUUUAACAUCCAACUACUCGCAUGCAGUUAAAGUCAUGCUGGCGUUUCACCUCGCAGACAUAGCCGGUUAGCUAGCUACCCCCAAAGGACCGACUCGUUGGCGCAGCUGCAAGCGGAACCCACGGCGCUUUUGGUCGGCUUGAGGACCAACGCCAUGCCGCGGGUUGAAACCGGCCCAUCCCUAGAGCUAACUUCAGGAAGCUAACGCUAGCUGGAUACAGCAGGCCGCUUCAGAUGGUCGUUAUCAUUCCCAAGUCGGCUAAUUAGAUAAGUCAAAACUCAGACUCUUGAAGCACCUUUACCUUUCAUUCUGCACGGUGCUUUCAUUUUUUAUACGCCCAGCAGCACACGUAGCUAAUGCCGGGUCAUCUGCUAAUUAGCUAGCUAGUUCGUUAGCGAGUAAUGUAAAGCCAACGGUAGCUUAUCGGUUAGUUGUUGUUUACAGUGUGCUAGCAUGCAAAUUACAAGUUACAGUUAGUUUGGAAGCUAAGCUGGAGUGGUAACUAACUUUUUUCCCACUUAUUAAAUUAAGGUACGUUUGUUGUGUGUGUGGAGUAAUUUGCAUUAACUAGCCACAUACAUGUCAGUACAGCUAAUGUCAAAUUCACUGUGGGCAUUCGUGUUUGAUUUUAGCAUUAUCCAGGCUACCAUAUGACAGAGAUGCGCGGCAUUAAAGGUUAGCUUGGAUGGGAUUAUUUAGGUUGGCACAGCCACACAUGUAAACGAGUCUGUGUGCACGGUUUUGGUUAGUUAUUUCAUUGCAAGGUGUCACUACGUGUCAAUCAAGAGUAUGUGCUGUUAUCUGUACGUCAGUUGUGCGUUUUAAAGCUGUUACUUUGAACAUAUGUGCCACCAAUUAUCUUCACACAGACACUGAAAGGCAUGGGAGUCUGUGACCUCCUGGAGCAUAGCGAGACAUAUCAGCCAUUCAUUCAUGAUUGAUGACCUUUGAGGAAGCAGACUGUCCUUUAUCCAUUUUCCACUACUGCUGCUGAACACUGCACCAAGCCACUAAUAGCCUGUCUCGUAGUAUUUAUUUUUAACCACUAAUGUAGCAGCGAGGAGGGAUUUUUUUAGUGUUAGUUUUAGCAGUUUAAGGUCCCACUGGCGUGGAUGGGAACAUGAGGAGCUCCCUGUCUGAUCUGAACCAGCUUCCCAGUAGCUUGAAGGUCUGAUCAAAGCACAACAGAGAGCCCCAUUGUGUGGACUGAGAGCUGAAGAGGAAAGAGACGAUGAUGGGGUUGAUGAUAAAAGAGGCCCAGUGACAGCGUUGAUCUCCCCGCACCAGGAAGCAGAGGAGUGUCACAAAGGCUGCAGACAUGAGUCUCCGCCAACCCACCUCAACGCUGGACAGCCCUUUUGCUGCUUGGCUCAGCAGUCUGACCAUCGGGGACUCGGAGCGCAAAUCCUCUGCUACCCAGCAGAGGGAGCCAACAGUCGACUUCCCUGCUGAGAGUACGGGCACUGGUCUUGUCCAGAGAUGUGUGGUCGUGCAGAAGGACCAGCUCGGCUUCGGCUUCACAGUAUGUGGAGAGAGAGUCAAGCUAGUGCAGAAUGUCCGACCAGGUGGUGCAGCAGUCAAGGCCGGGGUCCAAGAAGGGGACCGAAUCAUAAAGGUGAACGGCUCGCUGGUAUCCUCCAUGUCCCAUCAGGAGGUGGUAAAGCUUAUCAAAUCUGGAACAUAUGUAGCUCUGACACUACAAGGGCCACCUCCUUCUGCCGCCUCCCUGCCCCUAGAGCCCCUCCCCACUGACCUCACACCCAAUCAAAGAACUUCGCUGGGUGGGGAGGCCCCACCCCCUCCACCUCCACCCCUGCCCUCUGGACUGAGCAGCACCCCAUCCCAAAGAAUCACUGGACCCAAACCACUGCAGGACCCAGAAGUACAGAAACAUGCCACUCAGAUACUCAGGAAAAUGCUGGAGCAGGAAGAGGCGGAACUGCAGGAGCUGAUGGAGGAGCAGUUGAGGAACCCGUCGUCGUCACUGGGGGAACGGAUAGAAAGUGCCAAGAGGAGAGCUCACCAAGUCAGGGUCAAGAUUCAGCAAGAUCUGGAGGGAACACGAUCAGAAUGUGCCACGAGCUACGUCAUAGCAGGAGAAGGUCGACUAUCAAUGGAUUCAAGCGAAGGAGACAAUGAGGCCUUUGAGAGUCCCCACUCCUCCCCCUCAUCCUCCUUCAGGACACCACACCACCGACGGCAGAACUCCGACACACACACCCUGUCUGAUUCGGGCGGAAAGGCCCAGAUCAUCGGCCCCGAGGAAGAAGAUGAAGAAGAUGAUGGCUAUGCAUUUAAUGAGAUGGACGGUCCAUUUCAGGACAUUGAGUUGUUGAAGACCCGACCGGCACACAUGGCGGUUUUCAUGAGAUAUGUCUUCACCCAGCUUCUGGACCCCAACCCUCUGCUGUUUUACCUGUCAGUGGAGGCCUACCUGGGCUCCAGCCCUAAAGAUGCCCGUGCACUUGCACCUCAGAUCUGCUCCCAUUACCUGGACCCAGAUGCUCCCCUGAAAAUCAAAGUACGAGAGGAGUAUCUCACAGAUAUAGAAAGUCGACUUCACGCCCAGGAGGACAUCAGAGGACCUCUGUCUGAGCUGCAGCAGCAAGUGUUGCCAGACAUCCAAUACCAGAUACAGGACUACAGGAACAAGCAGAUGAUGGGCCUGGGCUCUCUGUUUGGAGAAGGAGACCUACAGCAGCUGGAUGGAGACCCGGUGAAAGAGAGACAGGUGGUGGACAGACAGGUCACCGCCCUCUGGGAAAUACUAUCGAAGCACGAAGAGGACAGAAGUUCUCCUCUGGCGUCAGCCGUGCAUCUAUACCUGCGUCAUUCUGGAAUCAAGCUAAGGGACUCCAAGGUCUUCCCUGGUCUGAGCACAGAGAAGGAGAAGUGGCUGGCUUUCCUAAAGACGAAAAAGCUGAGUGGUACCAAGAAAGAGAAAGAUGGAGAGGAUAAAAAGAGAAAUCCCAUCCUGAAGUACAUCGGCAAACCCCGGACCACAUCCCAGUCCACAUUCCAUGUCCCGUUGUCCCCCACCGAAGUCCGCCCUGGCAGUGUGAGGAACAUCAUUCAGCAGUUUGAGAAUCACACAGAGACAGGAGAGGAGGGAGGGGACGCUGCCGACCCCCAGAGGCUCUCCACCAGCAGCCUGGGAGAAGACAGCAUGGACAGCCCCACGAUCUCCGUGCGUCUGGCACGCAGCGAGUCGUUGAAGGCUCAGGGAGAAGGCCGCCGGCGGGGCGUCGUCUCAGGGACGGAUUCUGUCCCUCGCUCUCGUAGCGAUGUGGACAUGGAGGACUGUGGGGAGGAGAGGGAAGGGCCAGGCCUCAGGCCGCUGCAGCACAGCACGUCAUCAUCUGCAUCCAGCAGCUCUGCACGGUCUCUAGAGAACCCUACACCCCCAUACACCCCUCGGUCUAGACGCAGGAGUGUGGACUCACCGCUGGCCCUGCUGCCCGAUGCUGCGGCGCUGGAGGAGGAGGUGUGCGAUGGUCAGAACUGGCAGGACACCGUUUCCCCGCAGCUCCUUGCCACACUCAGUCCGAGGGAGGUGGACAGACAGGCUGUCAUAUAUGAGCUAUUCACCACUGAGGUGUCCCACCUGCGGACCUUGAGGGUCCUGGACCAGGUAUUUUUCCAGAAGAUGAGGUCUGUGCUGAACUCCGAUGAGCUGGCCUGCAUCUUCCCCAACCUGCCCCAAGUCUAUGAACUCCACGCAAGUCUGUGCGAAGCGAUGAAGAAGCGAAGAGAAACUCCCAUCGUUCAGGACAUCGGGGACGUUAUGCUGGCCAGGUUCGAAGGUGCAGCCGGAGACGAGUUUCAGGAACACGCGUCGCAGCUGUGCAGCCAGCAGUCUCAGGCCGUGGAGCUGAUUAAGAACAAAAAGCGUAAAGACCCUCGCUUCGCUCACAUUAUCCAGGAGUGCGAAGCGAGUCCUCACUGUCGGAGGCUGCAGCUCAAAGACCUGCUGGUGUCAGAGAUGCAGAGACUUACUAAGUACCCCCUGCUGCUGGACAACAUCAUUAAACACACAGAGGCUGGUUCGUCAGACCUCCCCUCACUUCAGCGCGCCCAGGCUUGUUGCCGAGGGAUACUGCAGGUCGUUAACGAGGUUGUCGGUGAAACGGAACAACGGCAACGCCUCAGCCAAUACCAACGCAGGCUGGACGCUGCCCCUGUAUUCAAGAGUCUGGACCUCACCACCAAGAGAAUGAUUCAUGAAGGUCCUCUGACGUGGAAAGUCAGCAAAGACAAGCAGAUCGAGAUUCAAGCGCUGCUGCUGUCAGACUGCCUGGUCCUUCUACAGAGGGGCCCAGACGACCGGCUACAGCUAAAGUAUCCAUCCCGCUGGCUGGGUGGAGGCAGCGGAGACAGCAAGACCUCCUUCAGCCCUCUUGUCAAGCUGGACUCUCUGCUGGUCCGCUCGGUGGCUACAGACAACAGAGCCCUCUACAUCAUCAGCACCACAGAGAGGCAGAUCUAUGAGCUGGUGGCUGGGACGUCAUCAGAGAAAAACACCUGGAAAGAUUCACUUGAAAAGACCAUCUCAUCAGCUGGCGGUUCGUCACCCCUGAUCAAUCACGGAUCCAUGCCUUUAUCUAGUUCCCCCAGUCUGCGCAGUGCAUCCCCAGUGUCAACUGGCAGCAAUGUCUAUGCAGACAACUCCAUGACGGAGCAGUCAGAUUCCAUGGAGCCUCAUUCCUCCAACGACGACAUAGAGCUCUCAGCAAACACACCUACGGACCAAUCAGGAGCUUUCCUCUGUGGGGAGAGAAAACCAGUUGGUGUGGCAGAGGCCGCUUUACGAGACGUUGAAACACUAAGGCAGCUCAUAUUACAAGAUUUGGAAGAGGACGGUUGGAGCCAUGACUCAGACGACACGCCCACCAACGAGACGGCAAACGUAAGGAGCUCGUUCACUGAGAGACAGCGGCCAGAGUCUCUGGAGACCGUCCUCAACUUCAGCACCAACGAAUGGGAGGCAGAGCCUGAAGAGGUCCCGCCCCCAGAAGCAGAGCAACCCAGCAUUCAGGUCGUACGGAAAGCUGUGGUUGCGGGUCCUUCUUCUUCUUCCUCUGUCCCUGACGACAUCACUGCUGAUGUCACCCUCCCCUCCGACCAGUCGUCCAAGCCGAGAGGCGAGGCCACUACGCAGGGGAACACUUUCUACUUGGUAAUGCCUACAGAGCAGGGAGAGACCACCACUGAUGACCUCAAUGACCCUCCUACCCCCACCGCCAGCCACUUCCCGCAGCCUCUGGAGGAAGUGAUAUCACCACAGACGCAGCCAGAGGAGGAAACGCCCGCCUGUGGUCCAGAGUCCAGUCAAUCAGAGGCUAUGCAACCGGAACAGGAAGAGGAAAUGGGCCAAUCACAGGCUGGGCACCAGAGCCACGUGAUCAAAAAUGUAGAUGAGAUUUUCCUCACGAUUGAAGGGUUAACGAGCAAGUUGCGGCAGCUGAAGGAAAUAGAAAAGUCCCAUCACAAGCUUUUGAAAACCCUCAGAGAGCCUUUUGUCAAUCAGGAGUCAGAGGACCAACGGUGUCACUCGGCAACCGUCUCUAGAACACCGUCUUUGGAUCGUGGCUCAGGAGACGGCAAAGAGGGAAGUCCAGCAGAACCCAAGAUUCAGUCGACUGGAUUCUGACAUCUGGAUUUACUCGCAGUCACUCAAUGUUGAUUGUUGGCUUACGGACGCACAUGUAUGUACCCACAGUCAGACUCGGGCACCUCAGCCCUGCCUCCCCUCGCCCCUCGUCCCUGCAUGCACUGGCCAGUAGAACAGAACCCAGGACGGACCGUAGCUGUUUUUUUUUUGUUUGUUUGUUUGCUUCCUGUUGCCCUGGGAACAGGAGCUGGCCGGAUUCACCAGGAUUUCUGAGGUCAGAGCAACUUCUGACUUCUACCAGAGUACGAGGGAGUCCAGGACAGAGUGAGGAAAAAGUAUGAAGGAAGAAAAAGGCAGAAGACAAGUUGGCUGACAAAGAGAAAAGGAAAAAGUAGGAAGAACUGAAAGUUGGAAAGAAAAUAACCAAGCUGGAUAUUUGUGAAGGAAAAGGAGUCGUACGUCGAGUUGCUUUAAAGAGCUGGUUGAAAAGACGGAGCAGAAAAGUGUUGAAAUGUUAAUUUAAGGAAUAAUCCGAGGGACCCAUCACCCCUGCACUUUACCCACAAUGCAUCCCUCUGUCGUGUACGUCCUCUCUGUAGUGGACGGAUCAGGGACUGGAGAUGCCACUGGCUUUAUUUAGGGGCCGACGUUAUGAGCCAAGAUGGCCUCCGGGGGUCCCCGCCCCACCUCCACUGGUUGCUUUACACUGAGUUCACCUGCCACCACGGCCGAAGGACUGUGUCUAUAUAAUUCAGGUUAUUUGCACUGGGUAAGGAAACCAAUAUCACACACACACACACACAUCAUUUAACUGCAUCAUUCAUCUCAGACCUUCAUAUCCCUUUCACACCAGGAGAAACACUAUUGUCAUUGGGAACAGUUGCAGCCACACUGACAUAUCCUUAAGUUCUCCUUUAAGCGGCUGUUUGGAACCAUUAGUGCGACUUAUUGAUCAUUACAUGGUUCAUAUUGAUUGUUCAUUUUUUCGUUCCGGAAACACUACUGCGCUGUUUACUACUGAAAUGCUGGCAGGUUUUAUUUUCAGCGCUGCUUCAGAGGCAUACAGGGAUUUCAGCGAUUUAAAAAAAAAAACAAAACAAAACACAAAGCUCAGUGGAUUCACACAGCUGUUCUUAUCAUGUAAAGUUGUUUAGGUUUAAGUUUGGGAGAUUUAGGAUAUUUUGGGGGCGAGGUUCAAGACAGGCAAUGUUGACGACGAGUGUGAGGAAAGAGGACAACUACAGAUUCAAACUGAGAAACUUGAAUUUUCACUGCAAACCUGUUUGUCACUCAACGAAACUGCUGCCAAAUAUCGCCGCUGACAUUGCCUGUCGACACUUUAAGAUACGACUCUCUAGCUUUCUCUCCAGCGUAUAGUGUGCGUGUCCAUAUCGCGGUGAAUACUGUGAACCAGCAACUUCUCCUUUCCAGCAGUUAUACCACACAUAUUGUUCAUAUGUAGCCUACAUCCAAAGCCAUGAAAGGACUGCGCUCUUCACCAAGUAGCUUUACAGUGAGAGAUCCACCACAGAGAACAACUUGUAUUUAUUGGGAGGAAUAAAAAGCUUUGUAAAAUUACAUUUUACAAACUCAAGCACAUGGUCCAAGACAAAAAACAAAAAACAGUACUGUAUAUGCAACUAGAUUAAGGAAAUAUUAAUUUAAAGGAAGAGUUUGACAUUUUUGGAAACCACUUUUAUAUCUGUUUGGUAAAUGUCAGAGUUCCCAUGUUCAUUAAAUUUCUGGAAAAGUUAUAAAAUUAGAAAAACUUUUUUGAAAAAUUUUGAAUAUACAUUUUUUUUAGCUAUUGUUUAACAUAUGUUCAUAAAAAUCCCAAAACGUAUAACAUUAUGCUCCUUUUAAUACUUAUUUAAAAUCUAGUGCUGCACUGCGUGAUCCUUAAAAGGUCAAGUGUCACGUGAUACACAUAGAUCGCAUCGGCAUCAUGUCAUUGCCACGCCGGUGCCCAACAUUGGGGAACGGAAACACACUGUCACAUCAGGAGGGAAACAGGAAGAUGCUGAAAAGCUUUUCUUUACCGGGUUAACCAAAGCGUUCACACUGAGAUUUGAGAUGCAUAAGGUAGCUGAAUAUUCACUGCCAGUGUGGUAAAUCUGUAAAUGAUGCUGGUGACAGUCACUACUGACGGAUAGCUAACGUUAGCUUGAGCGGGAGGCUGCUGCAGUACAGUCAUACAGUAUAGCCGCAUCCGACUGUGGUCCCCAACUAAAUCUCAGCUGUCGAUCAAACAGUUGGCUGUUAACAGGUUGGUUAUUUACACGCAACACGUAGCCUAACGAUUCUUCAUGAUUCAGUCAAACAGAUAUAUGUAUAGAUGUCCAGAUCAGCAAAUUCCAGCCAGUGUGUUGGAUCAUUGAUCCACUUGGACGGGGGAGAACUGAAGGGACAUGAUGGCCGUCAGCCUUAAUUAAUUAAGGUAUCAUGUACGCUCAGAUUUAGGCAAAGUCACAAACUAUAUUGUCAAAAUUAUAAUCCAUACAUGUCAAAUUGCAUUCACAUCCAUAUGAUCUUUGGUUUUAUAUCCCUAAAAAAGGGGCGCUUGCUUUGUACCUUUAUGUAGUGAUGGCCAAGUGAGGCCUUAUGAACUACUGUCUUUGUUUUCCGAAGCCACCAGAUGGCGCUGUCUGUUCAACAAAGGUUUGAAAGCACAUUUCAUUGCAAGUCCUUCAGUCUUUAUCUUUAAACCAAGAACGCCAUCUGGUGGGGUCAGAAAAUAAAGAAAUUGGUUCAUGAGGCUUCAUUUGGCCAUCACUACCUGUAUGUGCUGAUCUGAUCUGUUGGCAUAUGCAGGUGGUUGGAAGGAGAAAUAUCUAACGAGCUAGUAAAGUUAGCAAGUGCUAGGAUAGGGCUGGGCGAUAUGGACAAAAA